AACAAAUUGUAAAAGGCAAAAAAUAAAAAGAAACAUAGAAAAGAAAAAAGAAACAAGGAAUAUUCCCAGCUAAAUGCUCCACCGUAACGCACUCAAACGCUCACUUUAAAUUCGAUUCUCUCACCUUUUCACUUCUCAUCUAUAUGGCGAUCUUCUCUAAAACCAAACGUGUCACCGACCCACUAGACGAUGAAGCCAAGGCUCGGAUCUUCAGCAACCACAGCAGCAUACUAGAAGACCAAGACUCUCCUGAAAUCUGCGAACUCGAGUUUCUCGAAGACAGAUCACAAACACUCUACGACUCUGACUCCGACUUGUCUGAAAAUUCCGCAACGGAACGUUCCGGUGAAGAAGCUAGUGAGAAGAUCUUAAAGAUGGCCUUGAGCUUCUCCGACUAUGAUCCUUAUCGAAACAUAUUGCUAUCUCAUGUUCUGAAAGCAGUGGAAGCAUAUUCCAGUUUCAGAUCCCGGCGGAAACAUGUUUUCAAAGACAAGGUAGCAUCGUUUCUACGAGAGCUCGGACACAACGCCGCCGUUUGCGUUUCGAAAUGGAACUCAUCAUCUAAACUCACCGCCGGGAGUUACGACUUCAUCGACGUCGUUCACAAACCCCCUGGUGAUCGGACAUCCGUUCGUUACUUUGUUGAUCUAGACUUUGCUUCUGAGUUCGAGAUCGCGAGGCCCACACUCCAAUACGCGCGUGCGUUGCAGUUGCUGCCUCGUGUUUUCGUAGGAAAGGAAGAGAAUCUUAGGACGGUUGUGAGAGAGGCUUGCGACGCGGCGAAGAGGUCGAUGAAGAGCCGUGGUUUGUCUCUCCCGCCGUGGCGGAGAUUCUCUUACUUGCAACACAAGUGGUUUGGUCCGUGCACGAGAAGGGCUGGAUCUGGUUUGGAAGUGGCGCCGUUGAAUAAAGACGCCGUUAGCUGUCGCUCUGUGGGGUUUGAUGACGCCGUCAAUGCACGUCUGAUCAUCAGGACGUGAUCCGCGUCCAUGCAGCAUGUACUAGUAUUAAAUGAAUAGUUAAGUAGGGACUACACUUUUUUUCCAAUGGAUUUUAAGGAGACUAAAAUAUUAAUUAGCAUCUUAAAAAUUAAGGCCAUGAUGUCAAUGUUAACGUUCUACCACUGGGUUAAGUGGCAUUAAUAAUCAUAUGCUUUUCU